AGUACCGCUCUCUCCUCUCUCUCUCUCUCUCGGUGGAGGGGUUUAAAAAUGGCGUUUAGGUUCGCGACGGCGGCCGCAAUGCCGAAGCCCUGUUUAUCGAUAAGAGCGAAUCAAUCAAGCUCCCUCGACGUAUCUGAUCUCGCCGACGAUCAUGUCUCUCGUUCGAAGAAGAAUUUCGUCUUCAUCAUCAACCCCAAGGGUGCUAAUGGCCGGACAGGCAAGGAAUGGAAGAAGCUGCUGCCCCAUCUACGCACUCGGCUCGGUGGGCACUGCAACAUAUGUGAGUAUAUUACUUCGGCUCCUUCUCAUGGUGUGGACAUAACAAGGGAGGCAAUAAGGGAGGGGGCGGAUGCUGUAAUUGCUGUUGGAGGUGAUGGUACACUUCAUGAGGUCAUCAAUGGCUUCUUUUGUGUGGGGAAACCAGUGACAGCUCUUGAACGGGGCCCUGGAUAUUCAACGACACUUGGUCUCAUUCCUCUUGGAACUGGCUCAGAUUUUGCUAGGACAUUUCGCUGGAGAAAUGACCCCCACGAAGCGAUAGAAAGGAUUAAAAGAGGUGGUUCUGCUUAUCCUACUUCCUUCAAGCUUCAUCUAGGGUUUAAAUCAAAAAUAGAUGUCGGCAUUAUUACUGCACAUACGGGAGAACAACAUUUCUUUAUUAAUGUUGCUGAUAUUCACUUGAGUGCAAAGGCAGGUUAUUAUGCUUCCAAGUACAAAGGAUUUGGAAAUUUAUGUUAUGUUUUUGGAGCUUUAAGGGCUUUUAUUGGGCAUGAAAAUAGGAAUCUGAAAGUCAAGAUAAAUGGUGGAGACUGGGAAGUAUUUCAUAAAGUCACUGCUAUUUGUAUAGGAAAUGGCAAAUAUUUUGGUGGUGGCAUGAAGAUAACCCCAACAGCUGAUCCAUCUAAUGGAAAAUUGGAGGUUGUGAUUCUUCAAGACUUCAAGUGGUAUGACUUUGUACUUAAGUUGCACAAAUUAUACAGUGGGUCUCAUCUAUCAGAGAAAAAUGUAUGUUUGAGAAGUGUGAAGUCAAUUGAAGUUGUUGAGGAGAUGUCCAAAGGUGAUAUCUAUGUUCAAUCUGACGGUGAACAUUUAGGAUUUCUUCCAGCACAUUGUUCUAUUCUACCAGCUGCAAUCAAUUUCUUCUGCUGAUACAAAUAUUUGCAACUGGCUGUUCUCCAAUUCGACCAUCAUGGCCUUCACUUGCAGCUAGACUAGUUUAUGGAAGCUUGCAACUCGUAUGCUGUGGAAGUAGCUCUUCCUAUUGUACUGCACAUCUCAUUUUCACAUAAUUUCCCUUGUCGGAGGACUUGUGAAGUUAUUAACAAGCAGCUCACGACAAGUCCGAGAGAUUAAAUAUCUAGUAAUUGAAGAAGUUGAAAUCAAUUAUCCAGAAAAGUUGUGACAAGAUCAAACACAUA